AUGGCGGGGGACAUUAUCGGCACUAGGAACUCUCAGACUUCAGCGCGUAACAAAGCAACUGGGAACUCUCAGACUUCAGCGCGUAACAAAGCAACUGGGAACUCUCAGACUUCAGCGCGUAACAAAGCAACUAGGAACUGUCAGACUUCAGCGCGUAACAAAGCAACUAGGAACUGUCAGACUUCAGCGCGUAACAAAGCAACUAGGAACUCUCAGACUUCAGCGCUUAACAAAGCAACUGGGAACUCUCAGACUUCAGCACGUAACAAAGCAACUGGGAACUCUCAGACUUCAGCGCGUAACAAAGCAACUAGGAACUCUCAGACUUCAGCGCGUAACAAAGCAACUAGGAACUCUCAGACUUCAGCGCGUAACAAAGCAACUGGGAACUCUCAGACUUCAGCGCGUAACAAAGCAACUAGGAACUCUCAGACUUCAGCGCGUAACAAAGCAACUGGGAACUCUCAGACUUCAGCGCGUAACAAAGCAACUAGGAACUCUCAGACUUCAGCGCGUAACAAAGCAACUAGGAACUCUCAGACUUCAGCGCGUAACAAAGCAACUGGGAACUCACAGACUUCAGCGCGUAACAAAGCAACUAGGAACUCUCAGACUUCAGCACGUAACAAAGCAACUGGGAACUCACAGACUUCAGCGCGUAACAAAGCAACUAGGAACUCUCAGACUUCAGCGCGUAACAAAGCAACUGGGAACUCUCAGACUUCAGCACGUAACAAAGCAACUGGGAACUCUCAGACUUCAGCGCACUUCAGCGUAACAAAGCAACUAGGAACUCUCAGACUUCAGCGUAACAAAGCAACUGGGAACUCUCAGACUUCAGCGCGUAACAAAGCAACUAGGAACUCUCAGACUUCAGUGCGUAACAAAGCAACUGGGAACUCUCAGACUUCAGCGCGUAACAAAGCAACUGGGAACUCUCAGACUUCAGCGCGUAACAAAGCAACUAGGAACUCUCAGACUUCAGCGCGUAACAAAGCAACUAGGAACUCUCAGACUUCAGCGCGUAACAAAGCAACUAGGAACUCUCAGACUUCAGCGCGUAACAAAGCAACUAGGAACUCUCAGACUUCAGCGCGUAACAAAGCAACUAGGAACUCUCAGACUUCAGCGUGUAACAAAGCAACUGGGAACUCUCAGACUUCAGCGUGUAACAAAGCAACUGGGAACUCUCAGACUUCGCGUAACAAAGCAACUAGGAACUCUCAGACUUCAGCGCGUAACAAAGCAACUGGGAACUCUCAGACUUCGCGUAACAAAGCAACUAGGAACUCUCAGACUUCAGCACUUCAGCGUAACAAAGCAACUGGGAACUCUCAGACUUCAGCGCGUAACAAAGCAACUGGGAACUCUCAGACUUCAGCGCGUAACAAAGCAACUGGGAACUCUCAGACUUCAGCGCGUAACAAAGCAACUAGGAACUCUCAGACUUCAGAGCCUAACAAAGCAACUAGGAACUCUCAGACUUCAGCGCGUAACAAAGCAACUGGGAACUCUCAGACUUCGCGUAACAAAGCAACUAGGAACUCUCAGACUUCAGCGCGUAACAAAGCAACUGGGAACUCACAGACUUCAGCGCGUAACAAAGCAACUAGGAACUCUCAGACUUCAGCGCGUAACAAAGCAACUGGGAACUCUCAGACUUCAGCGCGUAACAAAGCAACUAGGAACUCUCAGACUUCAGCGCGUAACAAAGCAACUGGGAACUCUCAGACUUCAGCGUAA